AUGAUUGAAGGCAAAAGAAGGGGGCAGCAGAGGAUGAGACGGUUGGAUGGCAUCACCCAUUCAAUGGACAUGAAUUUGAGUAAACUCCAGGAGGUAAGAAACACCAAAUUGAUCAUGAUUGAAGACAAUAAGGAAAAUAAAGACCAUUCCUUUGAAAGGGGAAGAGCAACCCUUAUUUUUUCCUUAAAAAAUGAAGUUGGAGGACUUAUAAAAGCAUUGAAAAUCUUCCAGGAGAAGCAUGUGAACCUGUUACACAUCGAGUCCCGAAAAUCAAAGAGAAGAAGCUCAGAAUUUGAGAUUUUUGUUGACUGUGAUAUCAGUAGAGAACAACUGAAUGAUAUUUUUCAUCUGUUGAAGUCUCAUUCUAAUAUUCUCUCUGUGAAUCUACCAGAUAAUUUUACUGUGAAGGAAGACGGUAUGGAAACUGUUCCUUGGUUUCCAAAGAAGAUUUCUGAUCUGGACCAUUGUGCCAACAGAGUUCUGAUGUAUGGAUCUGAACUGGAUGCUGACCAUCCUGGCUUCAAAGACAACGUCUACCGUAAAAGACGAAAGUAUUUUGCAGAUUUGGCUAUGAACUAUAAACAUGGAGACCCCAUUCCUAGGGUUGAAUUCACUGAAGAAGAGAUUAAGACCUGGGGAACUGUGUUCCGAGAACUCAACAAACUUUACCCAACCCACGCCUGCAGAGAGUAUCUCAAAAACUUACCUUUGCUUUCUAAAUACUGUGGAUACCGGGAAGAUAAUAUUCCACAAUUGGAAGAUGUCUCAAACUUUUUAAAAGAACGCACAGGUUUUUCCAUCCGUCCUGUGGCUGGUUACUUAUCACCAAGGGAUUUCUUAUCAGGUUUAGCCUUUCGUGUUUUUCACUGCACACAGUAUGUGAGACACAGUUCAGAUCCUCUCUACACUCCAGAACCAGAUACCUGCCAUGAACUCUUAGGUCAUGUCCCCCUUUUGGCUGAACCUAGUUUUGCUCAGUUCUCCCAAGAAAUUGGCCUGGCUUCUCUCGGAGCUUCAGAAGAGGCUGUUCAAAAACUGGCAACGUGCUACUUCUUCACUGUGGAGUUUGGUCUGUGCAAACAAGAGGGGCAGCUAAGAGUCUUUGGUGCCGGCUUACUUUCUUCCAUCAGUGAACUCAAACACGCUCUUUCCGGACACGCCAAAGUAAAGCCCUUUGACCCCAAGAUUACAUGCAAACAGGAGUGCCUCAUCACAACUUUUCAGGAUGUCUACUUUGUAUCUGAAAGCUUUGAAGAUGCAAAGGAGAAGAUGAGAGAAUUUACCAAAACAAUCAAGCGUCCAUUUGGAGUGAAGUAUAAUCCGUAUACACGGAGUAUUCAGAUCUUGAAAGAUACCAGGAGUAUAACCAGCGCCAUGAACGAGCUUCAGCAUGAGCUUGAUGUUGUCAGUGAUGCCCUUGCUAAGGUCAGCAGGCAGCUGAGCAUCUGA